AUGGAGUCCGUUGUGGCAAUAAAGUUGAAUGAUGACACCAUCCAACUUGAGGAGUAUGCUAAGCCUGUGACCGGUCUGCACUGUCACCAAUCCUUCCUGAGGAGGACUCAAGCCGCAGGACGUGGUAUUUUCGGGACGAAAGUCAAGAGAGAAACGGCCGAGCUUUUCCUCAGACGGAAUGCCGGUGUCUCUGGGAGAUCUAGCCGGCUCACUGGCGUUUCGAUAGGACUCAUUGUUGGGGGUCGUGGGCGCCAUCGACGCUUGAAUCAGCCACGACAGAGGCAUAUGGGGAUAGAAAAACGAGUAUCCACUGAUGCAACAUUCGCUGAACGUAUCUACAAUUUCUUGCCAGGUGGAUUGAAACUGCCUCUCAAAUUCAAUCAGGAACCUUCCGCCAUUUGCAUUCCUGCCGAGAUAAGUUACAGUGAGGGCAUCGGGUUUGGGGUGCCAGUGGAACCACGCGUCCUGAUCUGA